CGAAAUUUGACAAGAUAAUUUUUAUAAAUUUCCACGUUUUAUAUUUCAGUUUUAUAAAUCACAAAUUCGUUUAAAAACCAAUAAAACCAAAGAUUAUACACAGUUUCUGUCUUUCAACGAAGUCAUCAGCGACAACAGGAAAACGACGAAGAAACGAAGUAAAAGCGAGUCAAACAAUAGUAAGGACUAACGAGAAUUAUUCAAAGGAAUUGAUAUUGAAGUAGACGAAAGAGUUUUUCAAAACAAGUUGAAGAUAUUUGCAAAGACAGUUACAGAGCCGAAUUCCCUUAGGAGACAGUAGACAGGAUGCAAACAGCCGCAGAUAUGCCAAUAGAAUUAAACCGCAGAGUUGCUGUGGAGUCAGCUGAAAAACAGCAACAACAGUUGCCAGUGAGAAAUGAUACCGUUAUUUCAACAAACGGACUCAAAAUUACAUCGAAAUUAAACCCAGACGCCAAGGAGUUUUAUCCUUCAUAUUUAUUGAGACAAAAACUGAUGCGUGAAAUCGGUGACGUCGGUGGUGGUGGUGCCAACACACGCACCGUCUGCGACUUGAUGCGCCGCAAUACGAGUGUUUGUCAGGUGAUUAAAAUAGAUGGAGUGACAGGAAAUCGAAUAGAUACUGAUGUAGAUAUGUUGAGAGGGAAAGAGAAGACGGUGGACACCGUUAAGCCACGAGAAAAUAUUGUAAAUAUUGUAAAUGAAAUGAAAGCAGAAGUCAUGGAGAAGCCAACAAUAGCUGAAAGUGAUGUUGAUAAGGUUACAACUUCAGAUGCGAAGAAGGAAUCAGAUGAGACUUUCAAAGCCGGCCAAAAAAAAGCCAAAGAGUCAAAGCCGAACUUAGGCGCAACCACAACAACAAAGAAGCAAACAGAGGAAGACAUACGCGGCUCUGAAGGCGACAGCACGGACUUUGAAGAUGCCGAAGGCGAGCCCAUGAUGCAUAUGACAAGCCCUAACGAGCAUGAAGUGAAAACAGACAAUGCAGAAGUAAAUCACAAGACCGAAGAAAAAAUACCCACUGUUGGGCAACUUCAUUUGCUCAACGAACGCGUAAGCGAUGAAGAGAACCGCGAACGUUAUUCCGAUCAGAGCUCCAAUGAAACACUUAACGAAUUCAAAUGCAAAGACGACACGGAAUCCGUUGAAGUCAGCGAGCUGAGCGAAGAAAAUGAGCUGGCAGAGGAAGAAGGUUUGCAUGAAUUGCCACAAAUUGUAGAAGAAAAUAAGGAACGCAACAGUUUGUGCGGCGAUGGCGAGGCUGAGCUGGAAUGUGAAGAAGGUGGCAUGUGUGACUGUGGCAAUGUAGGUGAUGGUGAUGUGUCCGAGCACAUUUUGUGUGUUCCAAAAACUAAUGAAGACAAGACGACAAGCGAAACUGAAGGCGAGUUGGCGAUCGGUGGCGCCAUUGCUGCGCAGUCACCACCCAACAGCCCUAAGAAACGCGGCAAGAGCAUUACAGGCACGAAGACCCGUUUCAGUAAGGGUAAAUUGCUGAAGGAAAAGGAUGAAAAAAAGAAAUCCGAAAAACAUACCACACUACGCAAACUGGCCAGCAUUAGCCUGAGCUUGCGCGGUAAGAGUAGCACACAUCAUGCAGAGAAAACUACGCCACGCAACAGCUCAACGGUUAUGUCACGCACAAAACGUUUAACGGAGAGUCUACACAAUCUCACCAUGGGACACAAGUCAAAGUCGGAGAGCAAGAAGAGCGAGUGCAGCAGUCGCCUGUUGCCACGCAGUAUCACAAAUAUACCAAGACCGCCCACAAUGCGCACACGCACAACGCUCAGUAGAGCCAGCACCGAGGCGAAUGGCACGAAUUAUAAAGUGUCAAAAGUAAGCGCCGGCAAUAGCGGUGCCACUGCGACCACGCCGAAAGACGACAUGUCACUGAAGUCGGUGAGCUCAAAUGAGCAAUGUCUGGCUAUGAAAACCACUCCUCAUAUUGUCAAGAAACCGACCAGUGGCAGCAAAACAAAGAAUGCGUGUCUCGAAAAAUCCGGUAUACCCACUGUAACGGUGACCAAGUCCAAAGAUUCUGUAAACAAGUUACGUCCGCGCGGCACACACGCUUCAACGCUGCGCCAAAGUGAAGUGCAAAAGGCCCCGCAAAUCCAAAACCCGCAUGUGGCCUAAACGUCUCGCUGAUUGGUGCUCGCGUCGGUGCUUAGCGUCGUAGUCUCUUUCCUGAUGAUGCUGCUGUUGAAUCGAAUAUUGAAUUGUCGCAAUUUU